AGUCCUGAACGACGAGUGUCGCGGAUCCAACAAGAAACACGGGAAUUAGAUUUGGCACAUCAGCAGUUGAUCAAGCAACACGAGGAAUUGAAGCAACGUUAUGAUGAUCUUGAGCUGGAAAAGGAAGAGCUCCACAUCCAUUUACGGGAAAUCGAUCAUGCCAUUCAGCUAGCCAACGAAGCCGGUAAAGCCGAUUUUGCCAUGCGAACGGAAAUUGACCGCAUAAGACAAGAUUUACAACACAGCGAAGAUCGGCGACAAGAAAUCGAAUCUAUUUUAGAGAAUCAGCUGGAAACUAUUCACCAUCUCACUCAAAAGACCGAAAGUCUCGCGGAACAAGCGGAAUAUGCCGAGCGUUUAAAGGAUCAGUUGGAUGAAGUUCAUCAUGCUGCAGAGAAACUCCAAAAGGCGGAAGGCACCAUUGAUAAAUACCGUAAAAAGCUCCAGGAAACGACCGAACUUCGGCGACAUAUCAAGGCUUUGGAGGAGCAAAAUGGCUCGCUCGUGGAUCGAAAUCAUCAUAUUGAAGAGGAAUAUCGAAAAGUGUUUGUUUUCAAAACGCUCAUGGAUUCCUACAAAGAUCAAGUGACCUCGUUGGAGGCCAAAAAUAGUGAGCUGAUUCGCGAGACCCAGUUUGUAGAGUACCAAAGCCAACAAUUGCACCAAAAGUUGGAGACACUCGAGGAGGAUCGAACACGGGAUGCCGAUCGAAUUCAAUCCCUGGAAGAUCAUUUGGAAGAUUUGAGAGGAACCAGUAAGCGAGGAUGCAACAUUCUGACAGACGAUGAUGAAAAAGACACGAUGAGCGAGGAUGAAGAGGACGACCAAUGUUACGAUGAAGCCACGCAAUUUGAGCAUACUGUCAAAGAAAAGAACACCAUGGCAUCGCUGAAGGAUCAAGUAAAAUUUCUGCAAAUUCGAUCGUUGCAAAAGAAUAACCUUUCCAAAGGCCAGGAACGAAUCACGGCUCUGCAUCAACUGUUGCAGGAAACCAAUCUUCAGAAAACCGAGUUUGAAAAGCACUAUUUAGACGCAGCCCAAGAGCGCGAUAUCCUCCAAAGUCUUAUGAUGCGGGUGCGAGCAGGGAUCCCGGAAGCAUUGUUGGAUAGAUCGGAAGCUACGAAACCGGACAGAGACCGAAUUGACGCUCUUCAGCUCGAACUAAAGACGCUCCGUGAAACAGUACACGAGAUGCAGACCAAUCCACCAUCCACCCUCCUUCAAAAAAACGACACGGAUGCAUUGAAAUAUCUUGAAGAGCUGAAACAAAAAAUUAACGGGCUCGAAGAACAAUCAAAGCAUCAGCUGCAAGACAUUAACAAGCUGCUGCUGGAAAAAGAUUGGUUGUAUAGUCAAAAUAUGGAACGAAAAGACUUGCUGUUAGAGAAAGAAUGUUUCAACAGCGAAAUGAGAGCUUCUUUAGCGGCCAUGAAUGCUAAAGACGACAUGGCCCUUCGACAGCAAAAUACGCAAUUGCAACAAACCACAAAAGAACUAGAACAGCAUAUGGAAGAGCUGAACAUCAAGCUCCGAAAAGCAAAAGAGUUCAUCAAGCAGCAAGACCGCAUGUUGAAAGACAUCAAAUUUGGUCAGCAUUCAACAUCCCACAAAAUGUCUGCGGCGUCGCUCCAAGCCGCUAUCAAGCAACGCGAAGAGGAAAAUGAUCGACUCAAAAUGCAACUGCGGGAGUCACGCGUUCAAGCCCGGCGGGAGCAACAACUAUUACUCUGUGCCUGGCAAGAUGUGGCACGUAGAGCACAUCGCACGCUCAUUCAUUCCAGACUUUAUCCGUCCGCAUGGUUCGGUGCGCAGUCUCGAAAACGACCCGACAGUUAUCCGAAACGAUAA